CGUAAUAUACAUUUUUCAAAAUGGCGGCACGUUUGACAUUUCAUUCAUUGAUUUUGUGAAUUUGUUAAUAAAUUUUAAUGUUUAAUUUUACAAAUACAAAGCAAUAAUAGUGGAAAAUAAUUAUAUUUUACACUAUAAUUGACAAAUUGUUGGAUAUAUUAAUAUAUUAUUUUUUUUAUGUAUUACGUAAAAGCGCAAUACACGUCAAAAAUCAAGUUAAGCGUAACGUUUCUAGAAAUUACGUGUUUAAGGCAAAUGACAGCUACGAUUCCAGAGAUAACAAAAAUAGGCAAUUUAUAUUAAAAAAAAAAAAAAAAAAAAAAAAAAAUUAGAAGAAAAAAUUUUAGAGAAAAUGUUAGAAAACGAGGAUAUUAUUAUUGAGGAUAAGAUUGAUUUAAAAUCAAUGGAAGAAUCAGGCCUGAGACAUCGAGUUCCUUGGAGUGAUAGGAUUUCAUUAAAUAGUGAUAUUCCUGGUUUGCACGAGGUUAAAGAAUUACUAGAAGAAGAUGACACUAGUUGUUUGGCUGAGGAAGAAGAUGGAGUUGGAUGUCCAUUGCCAUCCACUCCUGAAGAUGAUCAUCUUUUAAAUUGCGAGAUGACAGAAGUCCUAAAAGCUGGUGUAUUAAGCGAUGAAAUCGAUAUAGGUGCAUUGGCGCACAACGCAGCUGAACAAGCCGAGGAAUUUGUUCGUAAGGUGUGGGAAGCGUCUUGGAAACAGUGUCAUUUCCGGAAUUUACCAAGAUGGUUGCAGGACAACGAUUUCUUACAUGCAGGUCAUAGACCUCCAUUGCCAUCAUUUUACGCUUGUUUCAAAAGUAUUUUUCGCAUUCACACGGAAACCGGAAAUAUAUGGACCCAUCUACUCGGAUGCGUGGCUUUUAUAGGAAUAGCAAUUUUCUUUUUAACACAACCGCCAAUGGCAAUAAGAUUAGAGGAAAAAAUAGUAUUUGGAACAUUUUUUGCCGGUGCAAUAAUUUGUUUAGGGAUGUCAUUCGCUUUCCACACAUUGCACUGCCACAGCGAAUGCGUUGGAAAGUUAUUUUCAAAACUAGACUACUGUGGAAUAGCAAUGCUUAUAAUGGGUAGCUUUGUACCUUGGUUAUAUUAUGGUUUCUAUUGCGAUUACCAGCCCAAGCUGAUAUAUUUGUCAGUCGUUAUGGGUCUUGGAAUAACUAGUAUAGUAGUUUCAUUGUGGGAAAGAUUUGGCGAGCCAAGAUUUCGACCGUUGAGAGCUGGUGUUUUCAUGGGCUUUGGACUUAGUGGGAUCAUACCUGCUGUUCAUUACUCCGUGGCUGAAGGAUGGUUUAAGGCGAUCAGUCAAGCCUCGCUCGGUUGGUUGAUUCUCAUGGGAUGCUUAUACAUACUUGGCGCCAUGUUUUAUGCCUUACGCGUUCCAGAACGAUUUUUCCCUGGAAAAUUCGACAUCUGGUUUCAGAGCCAUCAAAUAUUCCAUGUGUUCGUGAUUGCUGCAGCAUUCGUACAUUAUCACGGGAUAACGGAGAUGGCAAUGCAUAGAAUGACUAUCGGUGAUUGUUCCGAUCCUACACAAGUGAUAACAUUUUAAUGAGAUAGGCUGAUUUCAUAAUAAAAAAAAAAAUAAAUAAAUAAAUAAAAGUUCAUAAACAUGUUUAUAAAGAAAAAAAAAUUGCCUUUUUAAAGGAACUUUGUUACUAAAUCUAUGGAUAAAUCUUUAACAAAAACCAAAAAAGAAAUCUCAUUUCUAUAUUAAAAAAAAAGAGAGAAAAAAAACAGGAAAUAAAUCAACUUUUAAUCUUGAUGGAAUUAGGGUAUGAGAAAUACGUGGUUUUAUUCCAAGUUAAAAAGAACCAAGCGAGUAUAUCUUGCCUAAUUCAAAAAGGAAUAUAUAUAUAUA